UAGUAAUGAACUAUUAAUUCCAAAAAAAAAAACUUUUAAUUCCUUGUCUCCAACCUCAAAUAAAAAAGAAAACAAGUGUAGUGGAACAUUCAUGCAAGUGCUGCUUAAUUUCUACUUUCUAACAUAUUAAUGCACAUUUCCACUUUGCAGCACGUAAUUUCUGAUUACAUAUUUAUACCCAACACGCACGCAAGUAUUAUAGAAGAAGCAAGAAAAACAAAUCUCAUAAUUGAAAUUAAAUUUACUGACAACACUAUGAAGAGGCAAAUUCGGAAUGUAUUACCAGUAAUUCUCUGUUCGUUGCUUCUAUUGAUUGCUACUGAAAUUGGAAAUUUUUACCGAUUUGCCGAUGGAGCACAACGGACGAUUCAAGUUUCCGAUGAUCUAGACGACGUCGUUGACGAUGAAGAGGAUGAGGCUUGGAGAGAAUGGGGCAGAAAGAAAUCGACUAGCUCCGAUUUCGAUCCGCCGCCGACGGAUUUUGGUACGAUGAGUCCGUCGGAAAUUCAAGCGGAAAUGAUGAAGCGGCAGCUGGGUCCUGUCUUUGGGUUCGUUAAACUCCGACUUGGAACUCGUCGGACUCAGGAGAAAGUUUCUGAAAUAGCCAUGAGAUGGACCAAACUAGCAAGAACUGGAGCAAUUGAGGCAAAGUUCAUAAGCGUCGAUGUGAGCACAAUCAUGUUUACUAUGGAGAAAGGUCAAGACUCUAUAGAGUUGAAAGAGUUUUUGUUGGACCAACCAGAAGCAUAUGAGAUCAAACUAGGGGACCAACUUUUUCGAAGACCAGGAGAUCCUCCUUUUGAAGAAGCAUUUGAAAAGUUUCAGAGUGAGAAAAGCAAAGUCGAUCGUACCAGUUCAAAAAAGAAGGAUAGACAUAAUGAGUUGUAAUCACCAGAAGAGAACUCUUGACAACUAAUUUUGAUCACUUAUAACAUGUAUUAUCAGGAGGGUAGGUGUACACGACUGGCAUCUUACACGUUCUUUUUUCGAUAUACACUCAACACUGUGUGCUUACAAGCUAUGUGCCCAAAUAAUCAAUGAAUUCUUCUGAUUUUUGAUCAAUGAACAUCUUGUGCUGGACUCGUUAUAUGA